UUUUUAUUGUGAGUAAUACAGUUUUUUUUCGCCGUUUAGAAUUAAGACCUUAAAGAGCACUAACUUUUAGUUUAUCAUGUCGCAUCAAACGGGAAUCAAAGCCAACGAGCAACUAGCGAAAGUUUUUGGCAAGGCCAAAAAUGGUAAAAUACGGGUGAUAAAAGUGUCAAUUGAAAACGAACAGCUCAGCUGCAGCGCCACAGCUGAUGUGAAAAAAGAUUGGGAACGUGACUAUGACAAGCUGCUGGCUCCGCUCUUUGAGGAGAGUGUGCCCUGCUAUAUUCUGUACCGUCUGGAUGCAAAGAUACCGUUAGGCUAUGGCUGGCUGCUCAUCAGCUGGACUCCAGAUACAGCCAGCAUUCGCCAGAAAAUGGUCUACGCAUCGACAAAGGCAACGCUUAAAAACGAAUUCGGUUCGGCGUACAUAUCGGAGGAGCUGCACGCUACGACUCUGGAGGAAACCACGCUGGAGGGCUACAAAAAGCAUAAGCGUGAAUUUUCCGCGCCUGCGCCGCUCACCAUGCGCGAGGAGGAGAUGAAGGAGCUGCAGCGGUCCGAGGUGCGCACUGAGAUAUCCACGGAGACGCGCCACCAGACGCUCAGCGGCAUCUCCUGCCCACUGACGGAGGCAACACGCGCAGCGGUGCGGGAUAUGUUGCGCGGCACCUACGACUAUUUGCAGUUUCGCAUCAGUCUGGAGGAGGAACGCAUUCACGUCUCCCAUGCCGCAAAUGUGGAAUUGCGCGAUCUGCCAAAGCAGGUGCCCGAAGAUCACGCGCGUUACCAUCUGUAUUUGUUUAAGCACACCCACGAGGGCGACUAUAUGGAGUCCUUUGUAUUUAUAUACUCCAUGCCAGGAUACUCUUGCUCCGUGCGUGAGCGCAUGAUGUACUCGAGCUGUAAGGCUCCAUUUCUUGAAGAGUUGGCCGCAUACGGCGUGGAAGUUGCCAAGAAGCUGGAAAUCGACAGCGGCGACGAACUCACCGAGGAGUAUCUGCAGGAGGAACUGCAUCCCAAAAAGAUAUUGCAUCGCCCAGCCUUUGCAAAGCCAAAAGGACCACCGAAUCGCGGGGCCAAGCGCCUGACGCGUCCCUCCAACGAAGAAGAAGUCUGAAGCCCAUCGAGCCAAACUGUU